AUGUUGGGAGCCGCCAAGACCAACUUGCUGCUGCUCUUCGUGAGCUCGCGACUGCUCACUCUCGGCGCCGCAUCGCCGGAGUCGCAACAACCGCUUGGACCAGCACACCCUAAAGGCCCUCAUUCUCAUGCAGUUGAUCCUGCUAUUCUUGCUGCCCUCGAGGCCUAUCCUGACCCCGUGGAUGCCUACCUUUCAUUGAAACCUGAGGCCGCUGCUGAGCUGGCCGCACCACGUCUCUUGCACGUGGCUGGCGAGGAGUCCCCUCGAUGGAUGACCGAGGGUGAUAAGAUGCGCUUGCGUCGGGAGCGCAAGAAAUUCACUGAUAUAACAGACCACGAAGAGUUUUAUGCUCAGUACGUGGGCGCCGAAACUGCUGGAGAUGCCCAUCUUCCCCAAAUAUCACACCAGCGAUAUGUCAAGCCUCUCUUCUCGCGCGUUUCAACGCAGCGAAUGCGCGGUGUUCUUCAGCACCUGUCAAGUUUCUACACCCGUUACUUUGGGAGCACGGACGGAGAGCAAAGCGCUCAAUGGCUCCAUCGCCAACUUGCUGAGAUCAUUAGGAAGGCGCCUUUCCACACGCGCAUCUCACUAGAGUUCUUCACACACCCCUUCCCCCAACCGUCGCUGAUCGCGCGCUUUGAGCCCAAGGUUAAGAACAUUUCCGCUCCACUGACCAUCAUCGGCGCCCACCAGGAUUCCAUGAACUACCUGUUCCCUCUUCUGCCUGCUCCGGGCGCCGACGAUGACGGUUCCGGCACUGUCAGUAUCCUUGAAGCAUUCCGGGUUCUCGCUGAGAGCGGAUUCGUGCCCGAAUAUGGUCCUGUUGAGUUCCAUUGGUACGCAGCAGAGGAGGGCGGCCUGCUGGGCAGCCAGGCGAUUGCCAGAUACAAGAAGGAAUCAAAUGCACGCAUCGGUGCUAUGCUAGAAUUCGAUAUGACUGCAUUUAUCGCACGCAAUGCCACCGAAACCAUUGGUUUCAUUGGAUCGGCUGCCGACGAGAAACUCACAAAGUGGCUGCUUGGCUUGGCCAAGGAGUACAUCUCGAUUCCUGCUGAUGUUUUUGAACUUCCCGGUGGUGCUGGCUCCGACUACAUGUCGUAUACUCAGCUGGGCUAUCCCGCUGGAUUCGCCUCUGAAGGCAAUCCCUCGGCUGGCGGUGGCCGCAUCGGCGAGUAUGACCCGUACGUCCAUGGGGUGGGUGACGUGAUUGACAUUGACGAUGAGACUGGAGUUUUCUCCUUCGACCACAUGGCUCGCUUCUCAGAGCUUGCUAUUGCUUUUGUGGUGGAGCAGGCUGGAUGGGACAACAAAUGG